AUGACUGUCGGUUCCAACAAUCAGAACAUCUCUUUUUUUGCCAGCGGAGAUUACAACGAGACCUAUAUUUAUGGAAUGGAUGGAUUCUGUACAGAUUCCUACUCAUCGCAAGCAUGCGUAACAUUCCGUGGCGGAGCAUACGAUGCAUCAAAAUCGUCUACAGACAAGUCAAUCAGCAGUCGAAAGGAUAGUGAUGGAUUCAAAGCGGACUGGAUGGAAGAUAAUCUAAGCUUCGGCAUUAACACGUCGCUUUCUUCGUUUGGAUUCGGUGUUCCGAAACAAGACCUCAAUCAGGCCUUCACGAGUCAAUCACAGCUCGGCUUGGGCAGGAACUCAUCGUUCUUACAAGCACUCGUAUCCGCUGGUAACAUAGGUACGAAAGUAUACUCCAUAUUUUGGGGGCUCGUGGGUGGUCCCGCCGAGAAGCAGACUCGAGGGUCAUUGGUUCUCGGCGGUCUAGACAGAUCGUUAAUUUCAGAUCCCAAUGACAACUUCACAGCAUCACUGUUCCGAGGCAGCCGCUGUGGGACGGGCAUGGUGGUAACGAUCAGCGACAUUCUUCUGAACUGGCCAAACGGUACCGACAUGAGCGUGUUUAUGGGGUCACAAUCAGCGGCGAUACAAGCAUGUAUAAGUCCUAGCUUUGCGGGACUAAUGACACUUCCACUGAACUACUACAACAACUUCAGAUUGCUCACGGGUGGAACGCCUCCGGAUAACAGGACUGAGGCAAGAAGCCUCGGUAUUAACUAUUUUACAAUGCUGUUUGAUCCGAGCAACGUUUAUUACGGAGGUCUAACGAUCCAGCUUCAGAACAGCAUCUCAGUGAAGAUUCUCAACACCGAAAUCGUCGUUCCCGACACAUAUAUUGCCUCCAAUGGCGCAGUACAGACAAAUACAUCGGUGCGAAACGUCGUCAUCAAUUCACUUCAGUCCUAUAAUAGCAACGAUCUGCCAGUCCUUGGCCGGCUGUUCAUGAGCUCGGCCUACAUAAUGGUCAAUCAAGAAGCCGAGAGAUUUUCCGUCUGGCAAGCGAGCAUAGGGUCGAGGACCCCUGAUGUAGUCGCAGUCGACAAACAGAAUAACAUGGUUAGCGAGUUUUGCACGAACUCGACGGGUAAAUCAAUCGAUGCCGCACCUUCGCCAACCUCUUCCGGCAAUAUCCUAGUGCCACAAAACGAAGCGCCAAAGCUGUCAGGUAGCUUAAUCGGCGGGAUAGUCGCUGGUGCGUUGGGAGGUUUUGCCAUACUUGGCGCCGUUGGCUUCAUUCUGUAUCGGAGACAAAGGGUAGGUAACGCGGCAAUAAAGGCAGUUCAGGAACCAGAAUUGCAGAUAAUACCAGAUGCAAAGCCGCCUACACUUGCUGUAGUUCGAGCGGUGCCUCUGGAACUUCCUGCAAAUCAGUACGAUAUAAGAGAGCUGGACGGUCAGGCCGUCUGUAAUAGCAGAGAAUAUUAA